UUAUCUAAAAAGACUUAUGUAAUCAUAUUUAAUCGAUCGUGUGCAUGUUUGUGCACGUGUCAUGAUUUGUCUUGUAAUCAUCUUUUAAUAGGUUUCUUAGUACUUUGUAUCGUAACAGGAAAUCCUACCAAUCGGUUAAGAGAAUCUGAAUUGUUAUUUGUGACUGUUUGAUGAUGACGUAAAGAAUUACUCUUGAAUGUAAUGCGUUAGAAUGACUUGUUGUCUACUAAACAAUUUUUAAGUGCGGCAUGAUUUGUUCUUAUACGAAUAGCUAUAAUAUGUGUAAUACAAUUGAUCAUGGAUACUAGUAAGAAACAUAAUAAUCCAAAUCCAAAAUUAUCGGCGAAUUUUUUUAGUAAAUUAGUAUUUUGGUGGUUAAAACCCCUAUUUUGGUAUGGAAGAAAUCAUGAUCUUGAACUUAAAGAUAUUUAUAAUGUUAUGCCAAAUGAUGUUAGCCAACAUCUUGGAGAUAAACUUGAAAGAAAUUGGAUUAAAGAGAUAAAAUUAGCAGAGGAAACUAAUAAAAAGCCUAAAUUUUUUAAUGCUUUAAAAAAGACAUUCGCAUGGUCAUUUGCUUAUUAUGGAGGAUGGCAAUUUUUUUUAGCAGUUAUUUUAAGAGUUUUACAACCAUAUGUAUUAGGUUUUCUUAUUUGGUACUUCGAUCCUAGAGCAACAUCUACUGCCACUGAGGCAUACAUUUAUGCUUCAUCUGUUGUACUUAUAUCCUUACUUGGAGCUUUAAUUAAUCAUCACUCUAUGUUAGGUUUAAUGGAAGUGGGAAUGAGAAUGAGAGUAGCAUGUUCUUCUUUAAUAUAUAGAAAGAUUUUGCGUUUAUCAAAAUCUUCUACCAAUAUUACUACUCCAGGACAAAUUAUAAAUUUACUCUCAAAUGAUGUAGCAAGAUUUGAACAAUUGUUUAUAGCAGUACAUUAUAUUUGGAUAUUACCGAUUCAAGGUGCUCUAAUUACUUUCAUGAUAUGGAAGAGUGUAGGAAUUGCAUCUUUAGCUGGAGUUUUUCUUAUAAGUAUUCAAACUAUACCUCUUCAAGGAUAUAUGGGAAAAUGGAUAUCAAAAUUGAGAUUAAAAAUUGCAAUUAGAACAGAUGAAAGAGUACGAUUAAUGUCAGAAAUAAUUGCUGGAAUUCAAGUUAUAAAAAUGUAUACUUGGGAAAAACCAUUUGAGAAUUUUGUUAGUCUUAUCAGAAGUUAUGAGAUAGACAUCUUGACGCUUACAUCGUACUUACGAGGUUUUACUUUAGCUACAUUUGUAUUUACCGAACGUACCACAUUAUAUUUUACAAUUAUGGCAUAUGUACUUCUUGGAAAUAGUAUAUCUGCUGAUAAAGUAUUUUCAAUGGCUCAGUACUUCAAUAUUCUUCAACUUACUAUGGCAAUAUUAUAUCCUAUGGCUGUAUCAGCAGUAGCAGAGGCUUCUGUAUCUAUUAAAAGACUUGAGAAUUUUCUUUUAUUGAAAGAAAAUAAUAACAUAAUUUAUUCACAACAAGCUAAUGGAGAUGGUAAUAUUAUAAUGAAAAAUAUUACAGCAUCAUGGACAGAAAAUACAAUAGCAAAUACUUUGCAUGAUAUUAAUGUUGAAAUAGAAUCUGGUAAACUUUAUGCUAUUGUUGGUUCAGUUGGUGCAGGAAAGAGUUCAUUUCUUCAAUUAAUUUUAAGAGAACUACAACAAUCACAAGGAGAAAUACGAAUAAAUGGUACUGUAUCUUAUGUUAGUCAAGAAGCAUGGUUAUUUUCGGGUACAGUGCGUAACAAUAUACUUUUUGGACAGUCUUAUGAUAAAGAAAAAUAUAAUGAAGUUAUUAAGGUAUGUGCUCUUAUUAAAGAUUUUCAACAGUUUAAUUAUGGAGAUAGAACUUUAGUUGGAGAUAGAGGUGCAGCACUCAGUGGUGGACAACGAGCAAGAAUUAAUUUAGCAAGGGCUGUAUAUAGAAAUGCAGAUAUUUAUUUAUUAGAUGAUCCAUUAUCAGCAGUUGAUACUCAUGUAGGAAAACAUUUAUUUAAUGAAUGUAUAAAACACUAUCUUCGAAAUAAAACAAGAAUUCUUGUAACUCAUCAAAUACAAUAUUUAAAAGAUUGCGAUUAUAUUAUUUUAUUAAAUAAUGGUAAAAUCGAAUAUGAAGGUACAUUUACAGAACUUCAAAGCAAACGUAUAGAUUUUUUAAGAAUGCUUUCAACAGAAGAAAAUAAAGAAAAUUCAGAAAGUAUGGAAAUUGAUGAAAGUACUACAUUUGAUACAUCUAUUAAUUAUAACAAUAGUAAAGAUGAUGAAGAAAUGGAGCCAAAAGAAACUGAAGAAUUAAUGGCUAAAGGAAAUGUUUCUAAAUCUCUUUAUUGGAAAUAUUUUCGAGCUGGGGGUUCUAUUCUAAUGAUUCUAACUUUUAUAUGGUCUCUAGUCUUGGGACAAAUAGGAAGUAGUGGUUGCGAUUAUUGGGUUGCUUAUUGGACAAAAAAAGAGGAAAUGCACAUUAAAUAUUAUAUUAAUAAUAAUUAUACACUACAAAUAUUGAAACAAAAUCUCACAACUUCAUUUGAUGGAGAUAUAGAUAAAUUAAUGAACAAGACAUUUUUAUUUGAAAUAGAUAAUUUUAAUGAUACAAUUUCAAACUUUUCAACAUUAGAAAAUAACAGUUUUGAUAAUUCUGCAUGGAAUAUUAACGCAACUCCUAAAGAUUUAAGUUAUCUUGAUCGUGAUACUGCUUUGUGGAUUUAUGGAAGUUUCAUCAUUACAAGUAUACUGUUGACAUCUAUAAGAAAUAUCGUAUUUUAUAAAAUAUGUAUGAAUGCCAGUAAAAAUCUUCAUAAUCUCAUGUUUUCAUGUUUAUUAAAAGCGCCAAUGCUAUUUUUUGAUACACAUCCUUCUGGUCGCAUUCUAAAUCGUUUUUCAAAAGAUGUUGGAUCGGUAGAUGAAAUUUUACCGAGAACAAUGAUAGAAUCUAUUCAAAUAUUUGCAGUAAUGGUUGGAAUUUUAGGACAAGUUCUUAUUAUUAAUUGGUGGACAAUAUUUCCUAUGUUUAUUAUGGGUUUCUUAUAUUGGAAAAUACGAAAUAUUUAUCUUAAUACUGCACAAAAUAUGAAACGUUUUGAAGGAAUUACAAAAAGUCCAGUUUUUUCCCAUGUAAGUUCUUCAUUAUUAGGAUUAACAACAAUUCGUUCUGCUUGCGCACAAAACAUGGUUCGUAAGGAAUUUGAUGUUCAUCAAGAUCUUCAUACUAGUGCUUAUUAUUUGACUAUAACAACAAGUACUGCUUUUGGAUUUGCAUUAGAUAUCGUCUCUAUUUGUUUCAUUGCUUUUAUUACAUAUAGUUUCAUUGUACUUGAUGAUGGAAAUACAUUUGCGGGAAAUGUAGGAUUAGCCAUAUCUCAAGUAUUAAUCUUAUGUGGAAUGCUUCAGCAUGGAAUGCGUCAAACUGCAGAAACGAUAGCACAAAUGACAAGUGUAGAACGAAUUCUACAAUUUACACAACUCGAUAAAGAAGGACCAUUUGAAAGUGAACCUAAUAAAAAACCAUCUGCACAAUGGCCUUUUAAAGGAGAAAUUAAUUUUGAUCAUUUGUACUUACGUUAUGAAGACUCAGCACCACCAGUUCUUAAAGAUUUAUGUUUUACUAUUAAACCUGGUGAAAAAAUAGGAAUAGUUGGUCGUACUGGUGCUGGUAAAACAUCGCUAAUAUCAGCUUUGUUUCGCUUAGCUAAACUCGAAGGUUCUAUUUAUAUAGAUAAGUUAGAUACAAAGCAAAUAGGUCUUCAUGAAUUACGAAAAAAAAUUUCAAUUAUUCCACAAGAGCCUGUAUUAUUCUCAGCAACGCUUCGCGAUAAUCUCGAUCCUUUUCAUAAUUUUGAUGAUACUACUCUUUGGUCUGCUCUCGAAGAUGUAGAAUUAAAAACGAGUAUUUCUUCUUUAGAUUAUAAUGUUGAACAAGGAGGAGCUAAUUUUAGUGUUGGACAAAGACAAUUACUUUGUUUAGCACGUGCAAUUUUAAGAAAUAAUAAGAUUCUACUUCUUGAUGAAGCUACAGCUAAUGUUGAUCCAACGACAGAUGCUUUAAUACAAAAAACUAUUCGACGAAAAUUUAAAGAUUGUACAGUAUUAACCAUAGCACAUAGAUUAAAUACUAUAAUGGAUAAUAAUAAAGUACUAGUUAUAGAUCAUGGAAUGGCAAUUGAGUUUGAUCAUCCAUACAUUCUACUUAAAAAUGAAGAAAAUCAUUUUACUAGAAUGGUCAAAGAAACUGGAAAAGUAAUGUUUGAACAACUUAAAAAAAUUGCAAAAGAGGCUUAUGAUGAUGUAAUCACUGAUACAACAUUACAAUCAUCAUCACAAGUUAUAGAUAAUGAUGAUAAUUAGAUUUUUAAUAAAUACCAAUAUUGUUCCUAUUUAAAUAAUUCUUUAUUUUAUAUAUAUAAUGAUAUUUUCUGCAAUCAAAACUUUAUAAGUUAAAUUGUAUAUAAUAUUUUUAUGUACUUUUUUAAAUUGUAA